UUCAGUUAGAGUGCUUGAGGGCCAGGGCUUCCCAACUCUCUGUGUUUUUGCCACAUUUUUAAGGUUAGCUUUAAGGCGAUCUUUAAAUCUCUUUUGUUGUCCACUGACAUUCCAUUUUCCAUCCUUGAGCUGAGAAUAAAGUAACAGCUUUGGGAGACAGUGAUUGGGUGGUAUUCAGAGAAUGUGGCCAGUCCAGCAAAUUUGAUGGUGGAGAAGCAUUGCUUCAGUAUUGGUGGUCUUUGUUUUCAGAAUGCUGACGUUUUUCCGACUGUCUUCCCAAGAUAUUUGCACAAUUUUCUGAUGGUAGUGCUGAUGGAAUCUUUCCAGAAGUUGAGAGUGAUAUUUGUAGACAGUCGGUGUUUUAUGGGCGUACAACAGAGUUGGAAGGACAAUAACUUUAUAAACAAGCAUCUUAGUAUCCCUAUGGAUGUCCCAAUAUUUGAAUACUCUGUGCUUCAUUUGAAAAAGUGCUGCACUUGCAGAGCUCAGACGAUGUUAUAUUUCGGUGUUGAUAUCAACUUUUGUGGGGAGGUAGCUGCCUAGUUAGUGGAAAAUGAUCAACAUUUUCUAGUGUUGCAUUAAGCUUAAGAAGUUUGGUGCCAUCUGAUGAGUGUAGAAAGUGUAUGCCAUGAUUUGUUGGGAUAUACAUUAUCUUUGUGGAUUUGAAGAAUCCUUGUGCAUCAUGGACAUCUGCAAAGUGUUGGAUUUCUUCAGCCUUUUUAGUCUACUAGAUGUUUUUGAGUUCUCUGGUUCUUCGGAUCUCAGUUUUUGUACUAGCGUAGGUUCUUUUCUUAGCAGCACAGUUGAUGUCUCUUUGUCAUAUUUUAAGUGCUUUUUUCUUAUCAAUUAAAUAUUGGCUCUCGUUAUUUUUUAUCAAGACAGUGUUGAUGCUUCUUAGUUUGCUAUCCUGUGGUUCUUUACAGACUGUAAUGAUAAAGGUCUUCAGUUAAUUCCAGUGUUCCGCAAAAUUUUCAGGGUGUUCCAUGGAUAGAGAUUAUCCUUAAGUGUUGUUUGAAGAAAGGCUAGUUUAGAGGAUUCCUGGAAAGCUUGGGUGUUCAUUUUAUGCCUUAUCUUUCUUCCUUGUAGUCUACGUUUAGGAGCAAUCUUGAUAGCCAUUGUGGAUCGAGUUAGUCGAUCAUCUGUCCAGCAGCCAUCGGCAUUUGUUAUGGCUCUUGUGAGAAGUAAAUCAUGUCAGUCUCUGGCACGUAUAAUUACAUAGUGUAAGAAAUGCCAGGGCUUUGAUUGGGGGUGCUUCCAUGAUGUCUUAAACUUAUUCUUUGGGUGGAAGGGUGUUUGGAAAUAACAAGGUUGUGUUCUGCACAUUUGAUGAGAAAUUGGAUGCCAUUUAAGUUGCUGUUUUCAACCCCAUCUUUCCCUAUACCUGUGGCCGGGCUGUGGCGCAGCUGGUUAGUAGCCAGCUGCAAUAAAUCACUGCUGACGAGAGGUCAUGAGAUUGAAGCCUGGGUCGGAUUAAGCUUCCUACCAUUAAUAGCCAGCUCGCUGUCGACCUAAGCAGCUCAAAAGACAGUUACAUCUAUCAAGUAGAAAAUUUAGGUACUGCUUUAUCCGGGAAGGCUAAUUUAACUAAUUUACAACACCAUAAAAUUGCCAGCAGCAUGCGGAAUGGAAUGAGGAAGUACUACCAUCAAGGACUCGUUGUCACAAGUGGACGAUGAAACGGUAGCUCCCCCUGUGGCCAGAAUUGAGCAUACCCGCAUGAAACCGUUUCUGGAUGGCAGACUCUGAAAAGAAAUGCAGUUUUAAGAGACACCAAAGAUGCUGACAAGGAAGAUUAAGCUUUGGGACAUCAAUGCCCAUAUAACCUGCCGUCUUUGCAAUGGUUAUCUUAUUGAUGCUACCACUGUAACGGAAUGCUUACAUACCUUCUGCCGAAGUUGCUUGGUAAAAUAUUUGGAGGAAAAUAAUACCUGUCCCACGUGCAGGAUAGUUAUACACCAGAGCCAUCCACUACAAUAUAUUGGUCAUGACAGAACAAUGCAAGAUAUUGUUUACAAACUUGUUCCAGAUCUUCAAGAAGCGGAAAUGAAAAAGCAGAGGGAAUUUUACCACAAACUGGGCAUGGAAGUGCCGGGUGACAUCAAAGGGGAGAUGUGCUCAGCCAAGCAACAUUUAGAAGCCCAUCGGAAUGGGGAAACAAAAGCGGACGAGAAUACAAACAAAGAAACGUCAGAAGAGAAACAGGAAGAAGAUAAUGAUUAUCACAGAAGUGAUGAACAGGUAAGCAUCUGUUUGGAAUGCAACAGCAGCAAACUACGUGGACUAAAGAGAAAAUGGAUUCGCUGCUCUGCACAAGCUACAGUCUUGCAUCUAAAGAAGUUCAUUGCCAAAAAACUUAAUCUUUCUUCAUUUAAUGAGCUGGAUAUAUUAUGCAAUGAAGAAAUUCUGGGCAAGGACCACACUCUCAAAUUUGUAGUUGUUACAAGAUGGAGAUUUAAGAAAGCACCUCUACUGUUACAUUACAGACCCAAAAUGGACUUGCUGUAAGAACUGUUUUGUCCUUCUGGACGGUUUUUUGCAGAGACUAUCAUUGGGCACCUUCUUAGUGCAUCACACAGUUCACCCAAGACACAGACCAGCAGAAUCCAUUCUGGAAAAAAGCCGUGCUUGCCCGGUCAGCCAUCUUGAAUCUUUCUCUGAGGGAUGCAUUAACCUAACUUUCUGGAUAGAAAAAUAUUUAUACUUUUUUUCUACCAAAAAACCCACAACAAAAAUGGAAAUCGUAACUUGAGAAGAUGCUACCAGCAUGAAGUUUACAGACACUGAAAACACUUAUGGUUUCUCAUGUGAACCUUAGUUCGUGAUCAUCAUCUUGCAAAGAUAAAAAAUAGGCUUAAGAUGUGAAGAAGAUUGUUUAAGAUUAAGAUAUCGUUUAUGAUUGGUUGUCACCAAACGAUGUUUAGAUUGCUUCACAACUUAGAUGUGGCAUAUUUUUGCAAGGUUUUUUGUUUGUUAUACCUCAUAGCCCUCUUGUCUGUUAGCUAGCCCUCUGUAGAAUAUAUACAUUGACAAAGAUCUAAUAGUUGGCAGUGAUUUUGCUGCAUGACGCUAUUCUUGAUUAUGCUCUUGUAUUCUUCUGCAGGUUCAUCUGACUGAGGUUAUUGGAAGAGUUUUAGCUCAUUCUGUUCUGUUGCAGUUUUUAUCAGCUCGCAUAAAAGUGCUGAGCAUUUAGAAGGAACCUUCAUUUAGGAUAUAUGUAGCUUACAGAGCUGAGGGAGCUAUUGGAUUGGAAAAUUUGCCUUUCAGUAAAUGAAAUACAGCAGAGGCAGCCUUAACCACAUGAAUUUCAGUAGUGUUCCUUUGAAUAACACUAUGCUAAUGCUGUAACACACUUUCUGUGAUGUGCAUUAACAGGUUGAACUUUCUGCUGAUUUCUAGGUUUCCCUGAACUAUAAUAUUAUGUUUGCCUGAUUAUUUAUUUACGGUCUGAGUUCUCAGUCUUAACUCCAAUAGAAAUACCGGUAUUAAUAAUAAUAAAAAUCCAGCUUUCUAGGGACACAUGGUCAAAUCUGAACUGUACAAGUGGUCAUCCAACAGAGGACUAAAUAACUUAAAGAGGUAAAUGCUGUUUUACUUUAAGCAAUUUCAUAUUUUUAAAAAGGGAUUAGUUCUUCAAAAACUCAUUUCCUUUAUUUAAUCCAUUAUAUGGUCCAGCAUGAAAUUCAGACAAGAAUGUGCAUAGGCCCACUCACUACUGCAUGUAUCCCUACAUGCGCUUAUGUUUUAUUUCUUCCUUAAACAAGGGUUUUUCUUCUCAGUCCUUAUUUUUCCAUUGCAUCGUCUAGAGUAAAGAAUCAUUAUUAACCUUUUGCCAAAUGUCACCACCCUUUAAGCUUGCUUCUCCGGCUCCUGCUGCCAGCACAUAUGUUUGCUGGUAACAUCUCUGUCCAAGGUGAGUUCUGUGACUUCUUUAUAUUUAGUUUCAUACAGGCAAACAUGAAUAAGUGAAAGCUGAAGGAGUCAAAUGGAGGGCAAAAUAGGAACAAGUUCAAAAUGUUGGGAUGAACAUUCAAGGGGGAAACACAGACAUAGGGUGCUUUGACUACAGAAUUUUUUUCUGGAAUGUCCUAGUGAAAUGAAUGGAAGUUGGAAAUAGUACAUUAAAUGCCUCGGGUGUUUACCCAUCUUUUAUGGGACAGUGAUUUCUCAAUGAAUGUGACUAGUGCAAUUGCACUGUUGUGAUCCCAUUCAUUUCAGCACUGUAUGUGCUGGACAGUAUUCCACUGGAAAGUGCCCUUAAAAUAUUUCUAGCUUUUACAUCAUCUUUUUAUGUAAAUGGUGGUUUAUGUCAUGGUAAAGUAAUGCUUGCCAUCGCUCAGAAAGUAUCUUAAAAGAAAGGUUAAUGAAAAACUGCAGCGUCAUAGAAUUUGGAGCUCUCUACGGAACACAUUUAGUCACAGAGUCUUUAAGUGUAAGGAUUCCUUCUGCCCCAGUUCACCGGCCAUGUGGUGCUAUAUGCAAACAUCUUGGCUAACACUUUUUAGUGAGCCUUAAACUUGGUGACCCUGUCUAAUACUCCCUUGGUUCAGUUAAGCAUUUGGAGUGCUUAAUGCCCAUAUCCAACUAUCCAUUCUACCUCAGACUAGAUACACAGAUGAACUGUAUAUUAAAUGCCAUCUUGAAAUACCGAAUACAGACAGCAUCCUGUGUACCUUGAACUGAGGGAUUAAAUAGUAUCAUGAUGCAGACUACAACCCCGCAACUCUUGACUGCAACAGUCUACAGAAUCUGUAUUGCUAAGUUUCUAGCAAAUUUUUGAAUCACUUGAAUUUGAUACGGUGCUAUAUAAAUAUAUUUAAAUAUAUAUCUAGUCAGGUGCAUUGAAACCAAAGCCAGCACUUGACACCUCUGUUGGCUUUGUUGCUCUUAAAUGAGUAUUUAUCUCUGCUUUUAUAACAACCUGAUUGAAAACAUCAUUGGCAGAAAAUACUUGGUUUUUUCUUUCUUUUCAAAACAGCUUCUCAGAAUACUUCUUUUUCUAUGGAAACUGUGUCCCUUGGGGUGUGUUUGUUUCAAAGACCUAGCUGGCUUGUUUUAUCAGGAAAAAAAAAACCUACAGUGAAUACCAACAGAGCAGAUCCUUGUGAUAGAAAUUGUCUCUCUUCUGUGAAGUUUUUAAGGGACAGGUUUCACAAUGGUUAUGUUGGCAAAGCAUUCUGUUGAUCUUUCUGGCUUAAGGUCUUCAAAUCGUAUUCCACUCAAGUGGCUUGGCCCUCCUCCGGUCACCACUGAGUUUGUGUUGGUUGAUUAAAAUGAUAUAUAAAAUAACUGUGAAGUCAUUUUUUAAUUUUUUAUUUCUUGGUUUCGUUUUCUUUUGGACUGCUUACCGCUGGUAAAUAAAUGCAGUAAAAUUGUCUUGUUGCAUUAUCCUCAGCAACAAAGAGGUGAGCAUAACAACACAGGUUUAUGGUCUCGCUUGAUAUAAUUUUCUUUUAAAAUAGAGAAAUCAGAAUAUAUAAUAUUGAAUUUUAAAUAAGGUUGGGGGGUUGAAAGUUAACUUUAUAAAAUUAUUUAUUCUAUUUUAAGCCUUCGAUCAUACUUUUUACCAUCUAAGUAUUUUUUGUUUCUAUGGUCCAGCUUUAUUUAUGGGCAUAUAAAAUGAAAUUGUGAGAUGUUUUUUACAAGCUUCUUUUUUUUUUUUGGUGAGGUCCAAAUCAUAUGUUGUACUACAUGAGUGGCUGUUACUAAAAGGGACAGCCAUGUGUCUAGCUCUCUGCCCCAUACUUUAUAAUCUCUACUGUAAAUUACCUCUGGUCUGAUGUCCUGACAUUUUGCAUCUCCUUUAUCCUCUUCCUGUGGCAAACGGUGUUGAGGAACAGAAACAUUGAGGAUGAUAUAAUAUGAGACCUGAGUAAGAUAUACUAGAGCAAAAGUGAAGAUGCAUCCAUUUUUGCAUUUGGUGGCAACUACUUAUAUAGGACAACAUUUAGUUUGGCCUUGUUCGAUUUUUUGGUAUGUUUUUAUUUUGUAUGGAUAAAGAGCAUUAAUUUAUGCUUUUUGUGCAAUAGGUUUGAAACAUGCUUUUGUUAGGCAUACAUUUUAAAAUGGUAAAUGUAGCAUCUACUAACCACAUUUCCCCCUUCCCGCCUUCCUGGUUUUUUAAAAUGUUAUUUUAAAGAAUGACAUUUGGGAGUUCUGUCUGUGUGCAAGGAUUACCUGUCAGCAAUAUUUUAAAGAUGGUUUGGCAAGAACUCUUAAAUGUGAAAUGUAAUCGGCAAGGCUUGCAGCCUAUCAGAAAUGUAUGUGUGUGCCAUUGGUAUGUCUGGUAUUUUUCUCUCUUUGUAUACCAUUAAACCUGGAAAUAUUUAUUUCUUAGUGGUUGUGCAAUGCUCCAGAUGCAAAUUUUUAACCUUUGGGGGAAGGAAAAUACAAAUAGUUUUAAAAGUAUCAGACUAUGAACUAUGAUGGUGCUAAUUUUUGUUUCCUCUACACUAUUUGGGCCUUUGAAACCCUACCUGGCUCUUACUGUUUUCAUAACAAUCUAAUCAGUCUUAGGAGAUUCACACUCCUGUUUCUUUUCCAAUGAAUGACAAAUCUAUUCUCAAAGUUAGCCUAUUUGCAGUUAUUUGAAACUGAGCUGUAUGUUUAAAUGCAACAGGAGAAAGCCAACCCGUUUGUACAUCUAGACUAUGACUCUUUGAUAACUUUAUACUUUAACCAGUAGGUAAGAAAUGCAUUUCCUGCAAACGGUUAAAACUGUAUUUGACAGAAAAACCGUGUUUCUGUAUUUCCUCAGGUAAUUGCUCUGGUUUUAAACACUUCACAUGAUACCUUAACUUCUCAUAUAUUUGUGUGUAUGUGUGUGAUCUCAGACUUAAAACAUAAAAAGAUGGGGCACACAAGCAGACCAUUGCAUGUCAGAAUUGCAAGUGGAUAUAUUCACCUUGUAGUCAAAAUGUGCACAGGGAACACAUUUUUCUUAAAAUACAUACAGUUGGCUUGGAACCACACUUUCCUCUGGUAGUGGAAAGUGACAGCAGAAUACACAUUCUCCAGGAAUUUGUUUCUAACCCUAAAACUGGCAGAUGUCAUUCGAGCUUGAAAUUCUUUCAUUUUUACUAAGCGCAAGCUAUGGCCUGAACAUGACUUAGAAAGGCUGUAAUACACAAUUGGCAGCAGACCUGGCUCUGAAGGAUGGCAAUUUAUUUGGACGAAGUGAGAGGCUCUUCACAAUCACCUCCCUCCCUCUGAGUUGAAUAGGGAUGGGAGACCGCAAAGAAAAUAUGGUAUGAGUAAUAUUAAGGGCUUUCUGUCUUGCCCACCCCUGUUUACCCCUUGUCCCAGUGCUUAUAUGUUCUUUGGCAAAUAACUGGGUUCCAAGAUCUGAGUUUGGUAGAUGCCCUGGUCUGUUGCUGACUGCGUAAUGUGGCCAAAUGUAUCUGUCUAGAUUUCUGUUGAUAUCCAUGAACACUGAACCUAUCAAAGAUGAUUAUGCAGCCUCAUUAUACUUUACAUGAAUGGGCAUAUGUCCUUGCAUGAGGAAAAUCAAGCAAGAUGCACUGGGUAUGGGUUGCUGCAGAAAAGUCCUGUUUCAAAGUGUAACGACAGCCAAAUGACAGGACAAAGGUCAGGAAUACAAUUCAUUCACAAUCAGAUAAAUUUAGGGUUAUGGAACAAUAAGCCAGUGCAGCUUUUUAAGCCUUUAUUCUCACUGUAUGGCAUAAUUGAACAUUCUUGCCGUAUUUUUUUAAAAAACAUAUUUUUGGCUUGGUUUCAUUUGAAAGUUUACAUUAAAAUUUUUAAUGCUUUGUGUUGCUGUGUAACUUUUGUACUUUUGGUGGCAAGUUUUUGUCUGACUAAGCCUUUUGGGGGGAGUUAUUGCUUAAUGUUUUGAUUUUAUGAUAGUGAAGCUUGUAUUCAGUGUUCUGCCAAUUAAUAUUAUAUGCUUGUAAUAAAAGCCAAAAAACCCUU